AUUUGAAACUUAACGACACCACUUUUUGUGUUAAUUGAUCGAAACCAAUUAUGAAGAGGCACAAGUGAUCAAUAACUCAUCUUCCAUGAAAAGAUAUAUAACAGAAAUUGUAUUUAUAUAAUUAUGCGAGUAUGUAUGAACAAAUUGUAAUUAAUAAAAUAUUAUUAGUUAGGUAUCUUGGCUGUCAUGAUCUAAUUUUUAUGAUAAAUUAUGUAGACAACGCACAGUAGUGAUCUUAAUGUAGUUCAUGUGUUUAACGUGGAAUCUAUCUUCUUACCAAACUAGAUUAAACCAAGAUUAAGCACUGUAAUAAUAAUUAAAAAAAAAAGAAUCAGAAAAAACCGCGGAUUACAAACUUACAAUUGGAUAAAUUUUUGUUAUUUUCUGAUCUUUUGUAAUAUACAAAGAAAAACAACACAAUUCACAACGAUAGCUAGAUUUCAAAAUAAAUACACAGCCUACCUCUUCACACUCUCUCUAUUUUCAUUUUCAGGAAACCCUUCUGUGAGUUGUUGUUUUCAUCUAUCAACUCUUUUUGCACGUAAAGAAUGACAAAUGAUUUGGUUUUGUUGUUAAGCAAGUGUCCAUUGUUUAAGCCUAGAGUCAAGAGCUGUUACAGUCAUUGUUUGUAUGUGUUCGAUAGGGAUUACUAUAUAUGUUGGGAUCAAAAUAGUUUAUUUCCCAAAGUUAAGUGUCUUGCUUUUUGCUUGAUAGCACACCAAGAUGUAAGAAUGAGGUAUUAAGCUAUUCAUUAAUGGUGCACCUUAUACAGAACUACAGCUGUCAAUGCAGUCUGAUGUUGCACAUCACGUCUUCUAACUUCUUCAUCUAAGUUUCUUAAAUUUCAAAAUUAAAAUCUUAAAAAAGUAUACUCACUUUUUUCUUGUAAUUGGUGUAAUUAGUAUAAUUAUUCUCGAGUUUAAGCAGGAAAAAAACGCUUAGAACGUGCAAAGUGCAUCCACCUUUUCUUUUCAAGAAGAAGACCGAGUCGCAGUUAUUCUUAUAAUUCAAUCAUCUUCUCAUCACCAAUUCAAUUCUUCUAUUGGCUCCUCUUCAGUUUCUUCUCCAUACGCCAAUUAAAGAGUAAGGACUUUCUUUCUAUACAAUCAUCUAAAGUUCCCAACCUACCAUCCUCAUCAUUAUCUUCCUCUGGCUUAUUUGAUAGGAUACAUAGUAAGAACCAGAGAUGGACUUUGUGCAGAGAAAAGUGAACAAUUUAGGAAGUAAAGUUGCUACUUUCCCGUAUAUUGAAACUAUUGGAAGAGCUCUCUUUUCCUCUUCCUUCUUCUUCUCUGCUUGGCAUGAUUACAUGGAGCUCAGCUCCAAUUGGGAAGGAGCACAGGAUUACUGGAGACCGAAGUUCGGAUAUUCAGGAGACCAGAUUAAGCAUCUCAUGGCUAUUAGUAUCAUAGUGAAGACGCUUGGUGGACUUAUCUUCAUCUAUGGCAGCUUCUUUGGAGCUUUCCUCUUGCUUCUACACCAAUUCAUUGUUACAAUGAUCCAUCACGAUUUCUAUAGUCAUCGUGUCGACAUUGAACAAUUUGGACUCCUUUAUCUCAAAUUCAAAAGGGUAAGUAACAACAUGUAUCUCUCUUUUUCAGCCACUUUGGUUUCUUUUAAAUCUCACUUUUUUUUUUCUAAUCCUGUCGGUUUGUUUGUUAAGAUCUUGAAUGAAACUGUGUCUUACGACACCGUAAACAAUUUCUACAAGUCAAACUUUGACGAGCAGCAUGUUGAGAAUGUCAUAUCAAAAUUCCGUGAGCUUACGGAUCAGGCAGCUACAAACUCUUCGUUGUUUGGACAUGCCGAGUUUGUUCAGCAUCUCUUAAGCUUCAUCAAAGGAUUGGCCGUAGUAGGGGCAUUGCUCUUUUUCUUGACAAUGAAACACAAACUCAACAAAGCUAAAAAAGAAUCCAAAGUAAAAACUGACUAAAACUAAGCCCACUUUCUUUUGUUUUCGAAACACAAGCCCACUUUCUAAUAUUACUUUUCUUUAAAGAUUUCAUUUGAUUCCCUUUGUCUUUAUGUCUUAGAUCUAAACAUGGAAUCAUUUUUUGCCUAAUGAACAAACACUAUCUAUCUCUCUUUCAUUAUCUAUUCCAUGUUGUUUUUACUUCAA